CACGCAUUUUCCAAAGGACUGGUUGCUUACUUCAGAAUAUCGCGUUUAACUUUUUGUAGACUUGCCAGAAAUAGAGAAGAGCAGAGCAGGAGAAGACGAAUUGCGUGGUUAUCAUUGUGAACUAAAAAGUACAAGAGAUCAUCAUGGCUUUGCGAUGGAUCAGAAAUGUCAUUUUCUCCGUAAUUGCCGUUAACGUCGUUGGACAUGAGGAAAAUAGACCUGAGCUAGCGUUAAAUGGAACAGGAAAUAUUUCCAUAACUUUGGUGGAUUAUCUGACGACAAAGUACGACAAGACAGUCAGGCCAAGGGCUGCAUCAGGUAAACCUUCGGAGGUAUUUUUAGAUAUAUAUGUGGAGUCGUUUGGAAACAUAAAGGAAGUGAACAUGGAAUUCCCAGGUUUUAUGUAUUUCCGUCAGAUGUGGUUCGAGGAUCGUAUCGCUAAGUACAUAACCUCUGAUGGUCAAGUGCUACAGCGAGAGCAUAUUUCUCGUCUGUGGCUACCGGACUCUUACUGCUACAAUGCUAAGACCUCAGACCUCAUGUUGCCUGACACAGAAGUUCAUAGCGUCAUCAGAAUCGAUCGGAGAGGCUUCAUUAUGUACAGUAGAAGUACGCACAUUAUCGCUUCAUGUGAGAUGGAUUUGCACGAUUUUCCUAUGGACACACAGCGGUGUAAAUUAUCAUUUGGUAGCUAUGGCCAUACAGACAAUGACAUUCUCUUAAAAUGGAGGAAUCCCACGAUUUCAAUUGCCAAUAAAGAAAUGGCGCAAUUUUCCGUUGGUGACGCAACCUUGUCCACUGAAGUCAACGAGUUUUCCACCGGGAACUUUACGGUGUUGACAGUGACAUUUCCGUUCAAGAGACGCAUGGGUUAUUACAUCAUCCAGGUCUACAUCCCUUGUAUAUUUCUGGUCAUGCUCAGUUGGAUCGUGUUCUGGAUGAGGCCUGAUGACAGCGCCAGUAGACUGACUGUGGGCAUCACAACUAUCUUGACCAUCGUGUUUAUGCUCGGGUAUACCAACGGAAUGCUUCCGAAGGUCAGCUAUGUUAAAGGAAUGGACUGGUACCUAAUGGUGUGUUUCACAAUCAUUUUUCUGAGUCUGUUGGAAUGCAUUGUCGUGGACAGGUUGUGGAGAGCAAACGCCAGGAAAAUAGAAGACGAACGAAAAAACAGAAACACGAGGAAUUCCGGUGACGAGGAACUAAGAACGAAUUCCAUGAGGGACAGAAGUGGACUGAACUGCCGUUAUGUGUCUGGUGUUCAAAUUCUGAGACCACGAAAAGCAGAUACUGGCACUCAAACAAACAACGAGGGAGGAAAUCGCCUGAAUCGCUGGGAAUCAAAUGAACACGGAGAACUUUCCCAUAUGAUAAAAGAUGAAUACAGGCAUUUGAGCCUCGGGGAGAUGCGUCCGCCUUUGCCCGAUGAGGCCUGGGUCGAAAUGGACGAGGAAAACACGCAGGCGCAUUACGACACAGUUGUUCGCUGCUUCUUCAACAAAAGGAACUAUCGCCCGAUGGAACUCUCCGCUAAAGUGGACAAAGCAAGCCGCAUCUUGUUUCCGUUAACGUUUUUAAUUUAUAACAUUGCAUAUUGGGUGACUUACCUCCAUGGCAUUAAUGUUUUACCCUACAGAAUAUAAAAUACCAGAUACUGGGGUUAGCGAGGUUUAAGUCACAGCUUCAAAUCUAGUGUUGCCUAUUUCAUUGAUAAGAUCAUUCCAGCCUUUGACACAUUGUAACUUUCACUUGCACCGAAAACAAUUUUUUUUCGGAAAGAGCUCUCGUUGUGUCAAUCAAAUGUGUCCAUCGAUCGUUCCCGAGAUCUGAAAGCCGCUCACUUUCAUUACUGAUCCGGUUACAUUUUGUUGUAGCCUUUCUUUUGAGAGUUGGACACCAAACAGUGUAAUAAAAUUGUAAAAAGAUCGUAUUAACUGAUCAUUGGUUGGAGUGAAAGAGUGAAAACGAGCUGUAAAUAUAAACACAGUAAUAAUUUAAGGAUUUUCUGAACCUCUGAAGUAUGUGUCCCUUUGUGAAAGAAAUGAAAAUUAUGUAGAAUAAAUUCACCGAGGUAAGCAUGA